CCAACUUUAUAAGCAGUAUGCCCAAAUCAUUCCUUGUCAAGCAUAAGAAUAUUUGUGCCUUUUACGACGGGGAAGCCAUGGAUUCCGGUAACCCAAGCGCAUUCCAACUUGUAAUGCCAGCAUCCACCAAUUUUGCUGGAUCUAAACUAAAUGGAAAAGACUUUUUAGACGACCCCUCCUCGGGAUCCGGUCACCCGCCAGUUGAUCACCCCCUUUUACAACCCGGGGGUCUAUUCCGACCCUGGACUGACCAUAGUCUCAAAAGUAGCACGGUUGACACUUUGGCGGCGAGACAAAUGAUGUCGAUGAUGCACCCCAGUCUCCGACUUGGAAUCGAUACACGCUUUCUCCUCCACAACUUCCUCUUGUCCUACAACCACUACUUUGGGGGUUAUCCCUUUAAGUACGGAGAUCUAUAUCACACCCAAGGACCGGGGCCUCAAACCACAAAAGAGGAGGAACAAAUCGACGACAUCGCCUUACUGGAGACCACAAAUGGCGCUUAUGAGUGCACAAAGUGCAGCAAAUUCUUCAGCACACCGCACGGACUGGAAGUUCACGUGCGAAGGUCACACAGCGGGUCAAGGCCGUAUGCAUGUGAAAUCUGUAACAAGACUUUUGGACAUGCCGUUAGUUUAGAUCAACAUCGGGUUGUUCAUACCCAAGAGCGAAGCUUUGAGUGCAAACAGUGUGGGAAAUGUUUCAAGAGAUCCUCAACAUUGUCAACUCAUCUUCUGAUACACAGCGACACACGACCGUAUCCCUGUCCGUACUGCGGCAAAAGAUUUCACCAGAAGUCGGACAUGAAAAAGCACACUUACAUACAUACAGGAGAAAAGCCCCACAAAUGUCUUCAGUGCGGUAAGGCUUUCAGUCAGUCCUCAAAUCUGAUCACCCACAGCAGAAAACACACGGGUUUCAAGCCAUUCGCUUGUGAAAAGUGCGGUCGCGCAUUUCAGCGAAAAGUGGACCUCCGUCGUCACAUGGAAACCCAGCACACCGUUACCAUGGAGAGGGGCGUGAUAUCUUCUAUGAUGUUCCCGUACGUUUCAAAAAUGGUCAAAAUCCUGGUGCUUCUUGCGUUGAUUGGGAUCGCCAUGGGAGCAACUGUUCCUUCUGAUCCUUACUCGGUGCUUACAGUCCUAAAGCAAUCCUGCCGAGACACCAAUACUUGUCCACUUGUAUAUUCUGAACAGAGUUUGCGCGAACGCCUUACUCCCAUCCAAUAUCACGUGACUCGAGAAAAAGGAACAGAGAGACGCUUUUCCCCUGGUUACGACAAUCACAAACAAGGCAUUUACCAUUGCAUCGUAUGUAACAACACUUUAUACUCAUCAAAACACAAGUACAACUCUGGCACAGGAUGGCCAUCUUUUUACGACAAAAUUGGAACACAGAUGGGAAUCGUAGAGGACAAUUCUUAUGGUAUGCAGAGAUUAGAAGUCACAUGUGAACGAUGCGGGUCACACAUCGGUCACGUGUUCAAUGAUGGACCUGCCCCUACUGGUCUCCGGUACUGCAUGAAUUCAGCCGCCAUGUUGUUUGUUCCAGAUCACGUGAAUACAAUGCACCAAGAGCCAGUGGGCAAAAAAUAA